AUGUCGGCUGGAAAGCAUUUCAAGUUUAUAUCAAGGACCGUAUUGGUUAAAAACAAUGACAUAGACACUGCUUUACUGCUUCUACAUAGGAUAAUGCGAGAGGACAAAGUGAUGGAACAGAUCAGAUACAGGCAGAAUGGUUUCGAGCCACCAUGUAUGAAACGACAGAGACUAAGCUAUGAGAAAUGUAAGCGACUUUACAAUGCAGAAAUGGAGAGGAAAGUAAAACUUGUAUUAAAAAAGAAUCGCCCAAAUCCAUGGCUACGGUGACACCAAAUCAACAUUAUACUUCUACUUGACAAACUGGAGAAGAAAUGUCUAGCUUGAUUUGUGAAAUCAACAAUGGACACAUGUGUUUGGGAGAAAUGAAGUGCAUUAUUGUAUGGUGUAACAUCAAGAGCCAGGACAAUUGUGAAGAAUAACUGAUAGGACAAAAAAUAUAUUGGAUAUUGUCUAGUAAUGAAUUACAUGCGUGUAUGGUGAUUGUGUAGAUGAAAUGUGUAAAAUAAAUUUAGAAAUAAA